CCCAACACUAUCUGGUUCAUUUCAACACUUGUUCAUCCCCUUAUCCUUAAACCCUCCUCCAUUAAAAUGCUUCCAAAAACCUUGUCAAUCUUCUCCUCUCUCCCCUCUCUUCCUCGUCAUUUCCAAAACCCCUUCUCAAAUUCACACCUCCAUUUCAAUCCCCACCUUCCCAAAUUCUCUCUCAUCAAAUGCAGAGCAGCAGCAGCACCAAAUUCAGACCCACAAAUCCAUGUAAAUCCCCAAAACGCUCCGACCCAUAUUCCGGGUUCGGGUUCUGAAGAUGAGGGCGCUGGAGCAGCUGCUCCGACCCGGGGGCAGAUCUUCCUGGAGCACCAUCAAGCUAAGGAGGCUUCAAAAAUGGUUAUUGCAGCCAAUAAGAAGAAGAGGAAGAAGAAAGAGAAGCUAUCUGGGUCGAUUAAGACAUUGAGUUCAGUUGAUUGUUGUUAUGGGUGUGGAGCUCCAUUGCAGAUUCAGGAAGUUGAUGCUCCGGGUUUUGUUGAUCCGGAUACCUAUGAGCUGAAAAAGAAGCAUCGCCAGCUCAAAACUGUUAUUUGUGGGAGGUGUCGUCUUCUUUCACAUGGACAUAUGAUAACUGCUGUUGGUGGACAUGGAGGUUAUGCUGGAGGAAAGCAAUUUGUUACCGCUGAGGAGCUACGUGAUAAGCUCUCUCACUUGCGCCAUGAGAAAGCAUUGAUUGUUAAACUGGUGGACAUUGUUGACUUCAAUGGUAGUUUCUUGUCUCGUGUGCGUGAUCUUAUAGGUGCAAAUCCAAUAAUAUUGGUUGUUACUAAGAUUGAUCUCCUUCCGAAAGGGACUGACAUGAAUUGCGUUGGUGAUUGGAUAGUUGAGGCUACUACCAAGAAAAAACUCAAUGUCUUGAGUGUUCACUUAACAAGUGCAAAAUCCUUGGUCGGAAUAGCUGGAGUUGUUGCGGAAAUUCAGGAGGAGAAAAAGGGACGGGAUGUAUACAUCAUGGGUACAGCUAAUGUCGGGAAAUCAGCAUUUAUUAAUUCUUUACUAAUGAUGAUGGGGGAAAAAGAUCCAGUGGCUGCAGCAGCUCAAAAAUAUAAGCCCAUUCAAUCUGCUGUUCCAGGAACUACCUUGGGUCCUAUUCCCAUUGAUGCCUUCUUUAGUGGAGGGAAACUAUACGAUACCCCUGGAGUGCAUCUCCACCAUAGACAAGGAGCUGUUGUUCCCACGGACGAUUUACCUUCCCUUGCCCCUCGGAGUCGGCUAAAGGGUCGAUCAUUUCCUAGUGACAGAGAAACCAUCUCAGGUUCCCGUGGAAUGGAGGGUUUCUCAAUUUUCUGGGGUGGUCUUGUCAGAGUUGAUAUUUUAAAGGUUCUCCCUUUUACAAGGUUGACCUUCUAUGGACCAAAGGCCUUGCCGAUACACAUGGUGCCUACAGCAGAAGCUGACGAAUUUUACAAGAAAGAAAUAGGACUUCAACUUACACCUCCAACGGGAAAGCAAAGAGCGGAAACCUGGAAUGGACUCGAAGCUGAGCGCAUGUUGCAGUUAAGAUUUGAUGACCCAGAUAGACCGUCUUCUGAUAUAGCAAUUUCGGGUUUGGGGUGGAUUGCUAUUGAACCAAUCAGCAAAGAGCUCAGUACACCAGAUGCAAUUCCCGAACUUCAUGAUAACGAACUACAUUUUAAGGUACACGUUCCAAAACCUGUAGAAAUUUUUGUUCGGUCUCCUCUACCCGUGGGGAAGGCAGGAAGCGAGUGGUAUCAAUAUCGGGAUCUAACAGAAGAGGAAGAAGAAAUUAGACCUAAGUGGCAUUACUAAAUAUAGAAAGUUGUAACUUGUAUCAUUGUAUGGAUUACAAGGGACAAUAUACUUACUAAAUAUAGGAAGUUGUAAGGAUUACAAGUGAAGUUACCCUUUCUGAUGUUUUUGUGUUUUUUCUUACCCGGAAAUAGGGAGUGUAAUAUUAGGUGUAACAUAAGGUGAAGAGUGUAGUAAAUUUUGUAGAGGAUGUAUAAGCUGUUCUUUAGUUUCAUAGAAGAGUUUUGUAUAUAUACAUCUUUUGUACGAAUUGUAUCUAUUUCGAAAAGUGAAAAUAGGAGUGGAAAAAUAGAGUCGAAAUAAUUCCGAGUUUCA